GACAAACCGUGUUUUCCUUCAGUCAGCUCCAGCCCCCGUCCCACCGCCUGCUGCUCCUCAUCUCCGUUCUUUUGGGCAGAAAGUGAAUCCAGAUCCAGGCUGGAAGCAGAUCUCCAUCAGAAAACGAUGAUGGACUUCCUGCUCCGCUGCUCCGCUUUUCUCCUCUCAGCUUCUGUGUUUGGCUUUCCUUCGGCCCUGAGCCGGGAGCUGAGGGACGGAGACGCUUUCUGUGACGCAGACGGCUGCUUUGUCGUCUACUUGGAGCGUAAGAUCUUCCUGGACUCAUGGAGGUCCUGCAAGGAGCGAGGCGGGAACUUGGCUACCAUCAAGCGCAGAGCGGAGGCCGCCUCUAUAGCCGCGCUCUUCUCCUCUCUGGACCUGCGGGGGUCACGCGCCGAGGUCAAAGUGUGGAUCGGGCUGCAGCGUCAGCCUCGUCAGUGCAGCUCCCAUCCGCUGAGAGGUUUCUCCUGGACAACCGGCGACCAGGACACGGAGUACACCAACUGGCAGAGGGAGAAGCCCCCCGGCAUGUGCGGGGUGCCUCGCUGUGUGGCGCUGGGGUUCAGCACUCAGGACCGCAGGGAGAACUUCAUGUGGGGGGACCGGCCGUGCUCCGACCCCGUCGACGGAUACCUUUGCCGCUUUGCUUACAGAGGAAUGUGUCCUGCCUUGAGGAGCGAGGGCGCAGGAAGCGUCUCCUACUCAACGCCGUUUGAUCUUGUCAGCACCCUCCUGACUCACCUGCCGCCCGGAUCCAGCGCCAACGUCCCCUGCCCUGCAAACACCGGCGGAAACAAGAUGGUUGUUUGUACGCUGAGAAAAAACGGGCAGGUGGAAUGGUCUGAAGAACCCCCGCUCUGCCCGGUUCCCCCCGUUUCAAACCGGCGGUGCACACAGGGUAACGGAGGAUGCGACCAUGUCUGCAGGGAACGGUUCGGCCGGGUGGUCUGCGAAUGCAUCCAGGGCUUUUAUCUCCAGAGCGACGGGUGGAGCUGCGAGCCCGACGUCUGCCGGGGGAACCGCUGUGAGUUCGAUUGCCUGCCUCGUUCAGACGGGUACGAGUGCGCCUGCCCCCACGGAUACCAGCUGGCAUCGGACGGACGUUCCUGUCCAGAUGUUGAUGAGUGUCUCCGGUCUCCGUGUCCACAGCUCUGCCAGAAUCUACCGGGAACCUUUGAAUGCCGAUGCAGGGAGGGUUACCUUCUCACCCCCGAGGGGGUUUGUUUGGACGUAGACGAGUGCUUGAAUGGAGCGUGUGAGCAUUACUGUAUAAACACUGAGGGCUCCUAUUCCUGCAGCUGUGAAGCCGGGUUUUCCGUGGACAGUGAGGAACCCGGCCAUUGCGUCGAUGUGGACGAGUGCCGGAUUGCGGGGCUGUGCGAGCAGCUGUGUGUGAAUCAUGUGGGCGGUUUUCAGUGCUCCUGUGUGGAAGGCUACCAACUUCUAUCUGAUCAGAGGAGGUGUCAGAAAAUGAGUCUGAGCGGAUCCGUCACACCUCCCUCUCUGACGGUUCGCUGGCCUGAUUUCGGACGGGAUCCCUGGACCCCAGAGCCCAGCAGCGACCGCCGGCUGCUAAAUCCGGAGCCGACGGCUCCAUCAUCAGCCUCUGACCCUGAGGUCACCGAGGUCACCGGCGCCUCUCAGGAUCCUCCUUCCCUUCACUCUGUGACACAAAGAUCUGAGCUGGAGCAGAAACCUCAGUGGGAGGUAAAAACUGCAGAGACUUUGGUCUUUACCGCCACGUCCCUCAGCUCUCUGUCACACCCGCAUGAGGCUGAUGAAGACGACGCUACCUCAGCCCUGCCAGUCCUUCCCACCUCCACCAUCUCAGAGGGAGCUUGGAACUGGUGGCCGGAGGUUUCCACUUCCUCUCAGCGUUCAGAAACUCCUGCAGAGACACAAACGGAUCCAGACAGAGGAGGAGAAGCGGAGCAGCGUCCUGGUGACCACGCCCACUUCCCAGGACAGACGUCUGGAGAUGAUGCUACCCGCUCCACUGUUCCCACUGAGUUUAGCCCACUCCCCCCGGACGGGGAGCAUGAACAGAUCAACACGGCGGUGCUGGUGGGCGUCCUGGUGUCCGUCUGCGUCCUCAUCGUGUUGAUGGUGGCGGCGGCCGUUUGCUGCCGUGCUCGUCAUCGGGGCGUGAAACCCAGGAACAAGAACGCCACCGAAUGCUACCACUGGAUCUCUGAUGCUCAUGGGAAGCAGGGGGCCCUCGGCCCCUCGGCGGGAGACAGAUCCCCUGUUUGAACCGCAGGCAGAAACACAGAAACUGUUUUAUUAUAGAAUAAAAAAACAACAAUUGAUGAACUUGAAGAGCAGCUGGGAUCAAAGCAUUCAGAGUUUCUGGAAACUUUUAAGUUUAUUUUACAUUUAGACUUUUCUAUGUUUUCAUGUUGAUUAAUUUCAACAACAGAAAAACAAUCGACAGCAAAGACGUUACAGAAACAUGAGAUCCACACGACCUGUGGGCGUGUCCCCAUGCUCUGAUAGGGGCCCCAUGUCCUCAGCACAGGGGCCAGCAGGGGCCCCACCGCAUGUCACAGUCGACCUCGGCUCAAACACCUGAUUAAUCUCUAAUGAUGAACUUUAAGGCGUUCAUCAGCAGAACUGUCUGGCAGUGGUUCACGGUAUGGAGGGAAAUCAGCGCCAUUAUUGCAGGCAAAGAAUAUUAAAAAAAUAACAUGAAAUACAGAAAUUAAAUGUUUGAAAAAUAAAUGUUUUCAUUGUUA